GAGUUGAGCGUGCGCGCAAGUCUCUCUUCCUUUAUAGCGACCUUCAAAGUUGCUACUUAUAUUUUUUUACCGGCGGCCGAGCCCGAGAGCUGACCUUAGUCCUACUUUCCAAUCCUUGUUGGCUGAGUCCGCUGGCACCGCUUUCUCUCUGCCCUGUCAAAGCAGGAACAGGCCACGGCCCUUUGCUGGUUGUCCCGUUUCUAAUGUCUCGAAAGUAAAGAAGCUGCACCGCCCAGCUCUUACAACUUGUAGAAACAAGUUAGUGGUCUCUAAACUGUAGCUGCGGUUUGUCCACCGGGCAAUCGGGACCGAGAGUGACCACCUUUUUCGGCCUGGCCAGGAGAAGUAUUGCCCACUGUAUGAGACUGGAAAUAGAUGAGUGUAAAGAAGCCCAUGAGUCACCUGUAAGACCAGUCUGGAGUUUUGAAUCUGUGAAUCUCAAGAAAGUGGAUAGCGUUCUCUGUGAUUUCAGUUCUGUGGAUUGGACGGCUUACCUCACUUGGCUUGUGAAAGCUGCUAGGGAGAGGACUGGAAGCUGGAUCAAGGCUGUAGUUAAUACUUAUUUGAGAGAAGAACUGAUGGAAGACAACUUUCAUAAGAGAAGGCAUUGAUGAAGGGAAGACCAAGCGAGUGAAAGUAAAAUGUGGAUGUUACUUGCUAAAAACUUGCUAAGGAUAAAACUUUAUGAAGACUGCUCUCGAAUUUUGCUGCGAACACCAAAGGGCAAGCCGAGGUAUCAAAAGUAUUUUUCAUUGAGCAGUAAACCUUGGCUACAUUCAGCAAGGAUAGCGCAGGCAGUUCAAACCUUCAAUAUUGGCACAACUAUCCAGAAAGUGGAAACUCUAGAGAAAAAACAGUUUAUCUGUGUUCAUUGGGAAGAUGGCAGUGAGAGCCUUUACCCGUCAGUGUGGCUACGAGACAAUUGCCAGUGCCCAGACUGUUUCCUACACUCUGCUAAAGCACGCAAACUUCUUCUGGAAAAUCUAGAUAUCAAUAUUGAAGUGAAGGAUGUCAUUUUGACAGAACAGAAAAAGAAGGUAAAUAUUGUAUGGCCAGAUGACCACGCCAGUGAAUUUGAGGCCGAAUGGUUGAAAAAAAGAUGCUUUUCUGACCAAGCUAGAACAAAAGCACAAGAAGAAUUAUUUUUAUCAGAGCGCCAGUAUUGGGGUUCUGAUCUUGAGCUCCCUACUAUGGACUUUGAAGAGGUAUUGCACAGUGAUGAAAGUGCAUACAAGUGGUUGGUUGCCCUUAAAAAGGUGGGAAUUGUGCUUCUAACAGGAGCUGCUAUCAAACAGGGAGAAAUUCUGAAGCUUGGGCAGCGCAUUGGAUUCCUUCGCCUCACAUUUUAUGGGCCUACUUGGCAAGUGCAAGACAAAUUGGAUGCCAACAACGUGGCCUACACAACUGAGAAGCUAAGUUUUCAUACCGAUUACCCUGUUCUACAAUUUCCACCAGGGAUUCAGUUUCUGCAUUGUAUAAAACAAACUUCUACUGGAGGGGAGAGUGAAGUUGUGGAUGGAUUUCAUGUAGCCAAUAAAUUUAAGGAGCAAAAUCCUUAUGCCUUCAAAAUCUUGACCUCUACAUUUGUAGAUUUCACAGACACUGGAGUUGAUUACUGCGAUUUUGCCAUGCAAGCCAAACAAAGAAUUAUAGAUGUAGAUGAAAAGGGCCAAGUGGUUCGUAUCAAUUUUAACAAUGCAACCAGAGAUACAAUAUUUGACAUACCUGCUGAAAAAGUAAAGCCAUUUUAUGCUGCUCUCAAGGACUAUGUUGGUCUCCUAAAUAGCACGGAUUAUAAAUAUUCAUACAAAAUGAAGCCAGGUGAUGUAGUGGUAUUUGAUAAUUGGCGUUUACUUCAUGGUCGACAGAGUUACCAGGCAGGAGCAGAAAUAUCCCGUCAUCUUGAAGGAGCCUACGCAGACUGGGAUGUAGUAAUGUCAAGGCUCCGAAUCUUACAAAAGAAUGUUCUGGGGAGACAAUGCCUUUGAAUCUUGGACUAAGGAGAACUCUUAAACUUUGCUGGGAUUGGAUGUUUUUUCCAUAAAGGAAAGUGAACUUGAUAUAUUUCCAGUUUAUUCAGGGCGUUCCGGAAUAAGCUAGGUGUUGCCUAUCCUGUUGAAUAUGUACAGUUGCAAGAAAAAGUAUGUGAACCCCUUGGGAUUACAUGGAGUUUUGCAUGAAUUGGUCAUAAAAUGUGCUCUGAACUUCAUC